AGAAUAUGAAUAUACUGUUGUUCAGUCUAUAUAAGUGAAUAUAACAGUAUAUUCAAAUUUUUUCGAAAUCAAAAGCAGUUAUGUAAAGAAAUAAAUGCACUUUUCGACAAAGAACAAUAAUUAUUCUCAAAAUGUUGUUCAACGAUUGUCUUCACAGGAAUAAUAUUUCUCCUAGGAGAUUUCUGAGACUUUCCAGACAAAUAGGUUGCUGCAAAGUGAUCAGAACUAGACUGAAAAGGAAGAUGACGGACCAGAGUUCUGAUGCACUGGCACCUCCAUCAGGAACUGGUCAGUUUAUUUCGACCCCUAACACUAAAACUAGGAGGUGGAGAGCCUUUGUAGCUUAUUGGAUCUUGGGCCUUUGUAACAACUAUGGAUACGUUGUGAUGUUAACUGCUGCUAGUGAUAUUAUAGCUAAUCAAAGUGGUGAAAGUACUUCGGAAGAAAACAAUAAUAAUACGAAUCAUCAGAGGAACUGUACAUAUAUGUCUACAGGGGCUAUUUUAUUGGCCGAUAUUCUUCCAGGUUUGAUGAUAAAGACAAUUGCACCAUUCCUUCCAUUUUUUGUACAUAUAAGGGUAAUAAUUUGCCUUUUGUUGGCUUCAGCUGGUUUCAUAAGUGUAGCCUACAGCAAAACUUUGGUAAUAUCCUUGUUAGGAGUAGUGCUGACUUCCUUCUGCUCUGGAUUCGGAGAAGUGACCUAUCUACAAUACAGUAGUUUCUAUGACAAGAAUGUCGUUUCAACAUGGAGCUCUGGUACAGGCGGAGCAGGAGUGAUAGGGGCCCUUUCGUACUCAAUUUUACAUAGCAUCGGCAUGAGAACAAGUCUUUUGGUAAUGCUGAUCAUUCCUGCUUUGAUGGGGAUUUCCUUCUGGAUAAUCCUUCCACGACCUUCUGAAGAUGACAUUGCUAAUGCCUUAGACAUCCAGAAAAUUGUGAAUGAGCAGGAGUUGCAACAUCCUAAAGAAGCGAUCAAGAAGAAACUUUCUCUUAUCCCAGGGCUAUUGAAAUACAUGGUACCAUUCGCAUUGGUAUAUUUUUUCGAAUACUUCAUAAAUCAAGGAAUGUUUGAGUUGAUACAAUUUGAGAAUUCGUCUCUUUCACAAGCUGAGCAGUAUAGAUGGUUCCAAGUGACAUACCAAAUUGGAGUAUUUCUGUCUCGAUCCUCAGUCAAUUUUUUCCAUAUCAAACAAACUUGGUACAUGACAUUUUUCCAAGCUCUCAAUCUAGUGAUAUUCACUACAGAAGCUAUAUAUUACUAUAUACCGAAUUUCUACAUAGUAGUAGCACUCGUAUUAUGGGAAGGUGUAUUAGGAGGAUCAUCUUAUGUUAACACAUACUAUAGGAUUACUAAUGAGGUGCUAGAAGAAAACAAACAAUUUUCGAUGGCUAUUACUAGUUUUGGAGACAGUAUUGGUAUAACACUCGCUGGUCUGACAGCCAUUUUUGCUCAUAACAGUAUAUGUAAACUACCACCUCCUUAGGAUAGAAAAAUUAUAAUGACUGUAGUUAUUACAAUGCUGUAUUAUUAUGUAAUUUAUUAUCUAUAUUACCUCA